CAACAGUUUGAUUAUUAAUGUAAGUUUAAUUCCGAAUUCAGGCCCAAAACCAAAAUAAUUUCAGCUGCUGGAAAGUGGGAAUGGAAACCCCAAAACCCUAAUCGAAGAUCUAUAAAUUCCAACUCAACUCUCAGUCUUCGCCACAGAAACCUCAACUCCCUUUACCCUCACUUCUUCACAUACAGAGCAGACCAGCCAUGGUUGCCACAACUCCAAUCAGAGGAGGCCGUGGAGGUGGUAGAGGAGGAAGGGGAGAUCGCGGCGGUAGAGGCGGGAGAGGCGGUAAUUUCAGCGGUGGAAGAAGUGGUAGUUUUGGCGGAAGGGGAGGCAGUGACAUGAAGAGAGGCGGCGGAAGAGGCGGCCCGAGAGGCGGUGGACGCGGUCGUGGCAGGGGCGGCGGACGAGGAGGUGGAAUGAAAGGAGGAAGUAAGGUUAUAGUGGAGCCACACAGGCACGAUGGCGUUUUUAUUGCUAAGGGGAAAGAAGACGCUCUCUGCACGAAAAACAUGGUUCCUGGUGAAGCCGUUUAUAAUGAGAAGAGGAUCUCUGUUCAGAAUGAAGAUGGAACAAAGGUGGAGUACAGAGUUUGGAAUCCUUUCCGUUCGAAGUUGGCUGCUGCAGUUCUUGGUGGAGUUGAUAACAUUUGGAUUAAACCUGGAGCUCGCGUGCUUUACCUCGGUGCUGCUUCUGGAACCACUGUAUCUCAUGUUUCUGACAUUGUUGGCCCUGAGGGGGUGGUGUAUGCAGUUGAAUUUUCUCACAGAAGUGGAAGGGAUUUAGUGAACAUGGCAAAGAAGAGGACUAAUGUUAUCCCCAUUAUUGAGGAUGCAAGACAUCCUGCAAAGUAUAGGAUGCUUGUUGGCAUGGUUGAUGUCAUAUUUUCUGAUGUUGCUCAACCUGACCAGGCUAGAAUAUUGGCUCUGAAUGCAUCCUACUUCUUGAAAGCUGGAGGUCACUUUGUUAUAUCAAUUAAGGCAAACUGCAUUGACUCAACUGUACCUGCUGAAGCUGUAUUUGCCCAGGAAGUGAAAAAGUUGCAGCAAGAUCAGUUCAAACCUGUAGAACAGGUAACACUUGAGCCUUUUGAGCGAGAUCAUGCUUGUGUGGUUGGUGGAUAUCGCGUGCCCAAGAAACAAAAGGCCACAGCCUAAACUUCCUUUUAUUGAUUUGUCUCGUUUUCUUACUGUAAUUGGGCCUUUCGCACUAUUAUUGGAACCCAUGCUAUUUUGGAUCUUUGUAGUUUGUAACAUUUUCAUUAUGAAGUAUUUUGUUUUCCAUAAUUAAUUAGUCAAGUUAUCCAAGGUUCAAACUAGUAGAAAUUUGUGACUUUUCUGUCAUGCUGUUUUCAUAUAUUUGGUAGUGUUUGUUUGAUCCGAGUAUGUACGAGGUCUCGAAUCAGAAUAUUGAAAUGGAGAACCAAUGGUUGUGACAUCUUUGAUAAGACCACUUGUAAUUUUUGUAUUCCUAUUUUGCUUUAUCUAUCGAAAUAUAAUCAAUCAAUUUGAGCA